GGCCACCGCAGCCUCGACCUGCCGGGCUCUGGCAAUCCUUCCACCUCAGCCUCCCGAGUAGCUGGAACUACAGAUUACUCCUCUGCUGUUCAGAAAUUUUCCCAGACGCUGCAGUCAUUUCAGUUUGAUUUUAUUGGAGACACUCUGACUGAUGAUGAGAUUAACAUCGCUGAAUCCUUCAAGGAAUUUGCUGAAUUGCUUAAUGAAGUAGAAAAUGAGAGGAUGAUGAUGGUACAAAAUGCAGGUGAUUUGCUGAUCAAACCUCUGGAAAAUUUCCGGAAGGAGCAAAUAGGUUUCACCAAGGAACGGAAAAAGAAAUUUGAAAAGGAUGGUGAAAGAUUUUAUUCUUUGCUGGACCGGCACUUACAUCUGUCUUCCAAAAAGAAAGAAUCUCAGUUACAAGAG